AUUUUUCACGAGGUUCCGAAACGUAGUUGCUCUUUGCAUGUAUAUUGUUUUUGUGGUGAAAAUGAAUAAAAUAUCAUCUAUUAUGCAACGAUAAAGCAAGAAACAAGGUCGCCGAUCAAAAGGUAAGCUUCCUUCCAUGUUUGUUAGUUUUAAUAUUGACCUUUUGUUAGCUUUCAGUGUUUGUUUUCGUUCGAAAUGUUCGGUCUUCGAAACAUAUGGGUACUAUAAAGUUGCUGACUUGCUGACACAUCAAUCCCAAAACUGUACGAAAAUCUAAAAGGAUAAGUCAACUUUUCAGCCACAAAUCUAAUACGACAUGCACACACGAUCUCGUUUGCCAAACGUUUGCCGCGGAAGUGCACAAAAUUACGGAUUCAUCGUGGGAAUAUUAGGUUUUGAAAGCCCAUUUUGGGCUCUGUUUUGUAUUACGUUGUAAACAGAAUGCUCUUUGAAGUUAAAAAUAGACUGUUUAUUUGUUUUCCCACGUAAAUUCUAACUGUUUCUAAUGAGAGAACGUAAAACAAAACUUGCAGGCUAUGAAAUGCGAAUUCCUCUUCGGUUAAAAUCGAAAAAAAACUGCGGGAAAAUGAUACAACUUGUUUCAAUUUUGCUUUAUAAUUGAGGAUGUGAUUCUUUUCAUUUCGAAACGUGUAAUUUUUCGCUUAUUGUUUAAACUAAUAAUUCGGUAGAUCUAAAGGCAAGAUAUGAUAAGCAUUGACUUAUAAUAAUACUGGCACAAUACAUUGAAUACAUGAUAACAGCAGAAAUUUUACUCUUAAAUUUCCCCAACUUAUAGUGACAACUAUGAUAUCAUGUAAUUUGCCACUUCUAUGCCUCAAUAUAGAUUAUUUAUAAGUAAAUGCUCUAGUAUAAUAUCUAGUUUAAGUUUUGGUUUAGUAUAGUAUGUAGUUUAAUAAGUUUUGAUUUAGUAUAGUGUCUAGUUUACAUUUUGGGUUUUGCCGGCAAAAAGAGGCUGUUUAAACUAGAGUUUUCGGCAAGUGUUAUAUAAAUGCGAUAGCCAGAUGGUAGCUGUUUUAGACUAUAAGUUCUACAUAUUUAUUAAUAAAUAAUUGACAUAUGUCAUGUGCUUUAUGUGUUUACUUCCUAUUCAGUUUUGAUGUGCAUCAAUAAUUGAUGUUGGAGUGAAUUUUCACUUUGCGUAUUAAAGGCGCAACAGAUGGUUGGCAACUUUGGAAAAUGUUAGCACCGAUAGAAGUUAGAGUUGCUCCUAUUGGUUCAUUUUCAUAAUCGAUUUUAGAAUCUUUAUUAACAAUUGAUUCAUAUAGAUUUCAGUCAAACUGGAUGUUCUUUUGCAAGCAACGUUGCAACAUUGUCCCACAAUAUUGCAAUUUUGAUAGGUAGAUUGCUCUGAGCAAUUUGCAAGUGACACAGACAAAUUGCAAGUUAAAAUUCACCAAAGAUUUGUAAAAAAAGGGAAGCUCCAAUCCAGUUGCUCAGACUAUUGAUUGGCUUCCUUUUUGCUAAUAGUCCAACUAGUUUUGUCUACAAAUCUUUUGUGAAUUUCAACUUGCAAUUUGUUCAUGUCGCUUGCAAAUUGCUCGGGGCAAUCUGUCUAUCAAAAUUGCAAUAUUGUGGGCCAAUUUGCAAUGUUGCUCGCAGGAGAACAUCUAGUUUGACUGUAACACGUAUUGAUUAAUUUGGCCCCCUUAUUGUCACCCAACAAUCAGUCGGUAUCUACGAUUGAAAUUGUUGUUUACUUAAGGCUAUAGAUUGUGCACUUUCCCGUGCAGGAAGAAUUCAUACAAGUAGAGAACAAAGGAAACUAGUGAACAAGGGAACACAGACCCCCCUUGGAAAACCUUCAUUUGUACAAUCGCUUCCUCAUACUAACGCUUCCCAUAAGUUUCCUCUUAACCAAACGUAAUAUUUCAAAUCUGACUCUUUGAUCAAUUUGCGAAGCUGAGGACUGAAUCAAAAUGUGAGGACUUGAAAUCUAGUCCAGUCCAAAUUGGAGGAUUUGAAAAAUAUGAAUUAGUCACUACUUAAUUAAAGUGAGGUGAAUUAAUUUUGAAUCAAGUCCUAGGACUGGAUCAAUAUCCUUCACCAGAUAUCCAGUAUUACAUAAUACCUUGUUCAAUUCUGAUCGUUUAAUUGGCUGUUUAUAGUCACAUGAUAUUGAAUAGAAAAUUCCAUUUCCCAAGAGUGCAAUGGAAUACAUCCAAGCAGGAUAGCGUGAUCCAUGCACUUGGGAUGUUGCUCGACUUUUGGAAAGCAUAAAAAUACACUCGCUGUGGCUCGAGUAUUUUUACGCUUUCCGAAAGUCUCGCAACAUCCCUCGUGCAUGGAUCACACAAUCCUGCACAGAAAACCAUUCGGUAUUCCUUUAAUGCCUGUGGUUGUUCCAUGCGUGAACAAGCAAAAUACAAGACGAGAACACGCUACAAACUUCCUCACGACGUAAAUAGGAGGAAAUUCUGUCUGUUGUAAUUAGGUUAGGAAAUUCUGUCUGUUGUAAUUAGUAAUUAGGAUGAACAAUUAUAUAAUGCCACAUGCUUUAUCAGAUAUAAAGUCACUCCACGUGACACAUUAUGACUGGCAUGAUUUGCCACAAGGUUUAUGAAUUAUUAAUGAGUAUUGUUAGAAUUUGAAUGCCCUAGCAUAUAUUAUAAAUUUUGACUUAUUAAGAAAUUAAAAUAUCUUUGUAAAGUGCAAGAUUUUCUGCUCUUGGGAAUUUAAAGCAGCUUCUUAAACAGUUUCUUUAUGCAUAAAAUUUACUUAUUACUUAUAUCAAGCUUUGAUGCACUUGUGGGUUCAGCAGAGUGCUGAGGCAUUGAAUUUCUAACAAUACGUUAUUUCAAUAGUUUUGGGGUUUUUUGGGACACCCUGUAGAAUAGAUGGUUUGGAAACUCGUUAGAAUAACAGCACAACUCAUCUAUGUUAGUCAACGUUUAUGUACUAUUUAAAGCACGCGUAGGAGUGUUUUUUCACAUAUAAAACACGACGCGUAGCGGAGUGUUUUAUAUGUGAUAAAACACGACUACAAGUGCUUUAAAUGGCUUCAAAAACGACUGAUCUUAUACGAGUUCAUUGGUGAAGUAAUUUUUAAAAUAAACUUUGUCUAAACCGAGAAAAUCAAAGCUAAAGUUUAUGUAAAUUAACAUGAUUUUUUAUCACAUAUAAAACCACGACACGCUUAUGUACACCCUUUCAAAUUCAAAUUAACCGUAAUCUAUUGUAGUAAUUUGACAGCCGUAUAAUUUCUCGAAUUAAUGAAUGCGUGAAAACACAAGUUCUUCUGCACAUGGGAAUUUAGGAUAACUUCUAUUUGUAUGAACAAAUACACAACUCAAAGAAAAAUGUUUAAAUUAAGAAUUAUUCAAGUCUGCAUAAGAUAUAAAAUGGGCCAGCUUACUGCAGAGCAACGAAUAUUUAAAAGUUAACGCUAAUUUGAAAGGGUGCAUGCAUUUUUUUGAUACACCCUGUAUAUCUGAUACAAAACAAUUAAAUUCAAUUUUCUCACCAAAUAUCAUUCACUUGUUUCAAAUUGUUGAAGAAUAUAAAUUUUCUCAUCAAGACGUUUCACAAGCAAGCCAUUUACAAUAUUCUUGCCUUCGGCUGGAAUUUGUAUAUCCUAUACAACUAUAUAAUAAAUAAUGAAGCCGCGUUCGUUUUAUCUCGCCGUGUUUUUCCAUUUUCGGCCGCGGUACCACAAAUGUCAAUUUCAUUUUUAGGUUCAAAAUCAUGGAUAUGAACGGGGCGGCUAACUGCCAACAACAUGAUGGCCCGAGGGAACUCGAAAUAUUCUCAGAUGAACAGGUCGAAGAAGUGAUGGAAUCUCUGGAAUAUUUCAAGAGCAAAAUCGAACAGCUUCAGGCGUAUUGCGAGCAAGUGAACCAGAAUAAAAUGCAGGUCGAUGAGAAUCUUAUCGAACAGAAGCGAAAGCAUCAUGAAGAAUUGGCGAAGUAUCAAGAGGAAAUUAGCGCGUUGAGGAAUGCUAAUAUUCAGUUGAUGGCUGGAAAGAUCGCUUCUCCAGGUAUAUAAACAGAGCUUGACCCUUUAAGUUUCAUUGCACCCUAAUGUGCCCUGGUUAAUUAUUUUACUCUGUCUAAUACCAGACGAUUUUAAUACUCAAGGGGAGAGCGCUGGGGGUUCGAUGGGUCAAUCAGACUGCCCAUGUGUCGAGUUAACCCAUUAAGUUGCUGGGCACUCUAGUCCAGUAUUUUCACUAUUUUGCUCUGUCUAACACCAGACGAUUUUACGCUCUCAUGUGUUCAGUAUAGGACUCAGGCAUUCAAAUUAUAACAAUAAGGUGAAUUUCUAAAGGUCCUAUUUUUUGAGACGCCCUGUGUAGUUAGUACAAAACCAGAGGUACAAAACUAACGCCACGAACUGGCUACGAAAAAUUUCUCCAAGCUCUUCGUAAACUUUAGAUAAAAAAAUUAUGAUCGGUAAUUUCAGUGGACAAAAGCCUUAGAUAUAGGGUCGCGGGAAAACCGGAAGCCCAGGUAUUUUUUAGCCUAACUUUGUGCCAUCAAUAGUUCUGCUUAAUUCAGGCUAUAUUCACACUGUACCGGGGUAGCUUUCCGUUGCGACGUGAAAAAAACGCCUAUCCGUACCUUUUAGGAACGCUAUUUUCAGGGGAAUUAUUGCAACGGAGAGAUGUUGUUUCGCUCAGCUUCUGAAAGUUGUACAUUUCGUAUCGGAUAGAUGCUUUUUUGCGCCGCUACGGAAAGCUAUCUGGUAUAGUGGAAACGUGGCCUAAGAUGUUUGUGGUGUUACUCUGAGGCAGCGUUUACACUGUACCGUUUUCGUAGCGUUCUCGUAUUGUUCUUAAUCCUCAAGGGAACGCAAGACAAUAGUCUAGUUCUCUCGAACAAUACGAGAACGCUACGAAAACGGUACAGUGUAAACGCUGCCUGAGUGUGCAUCCACACCGGGCAAGCUGAAAAGUUUGCCUGACCACAUUGGGAUUCGUACCCUCGACCUUUGGGAUACUAGUCCAGUACUCUGCCGACUGAGCUACGAGGUCAAGUCGAGUUGGUGAUAUAUUAGGAGAUAGUAUUGGUGAUAGUAUUCACCUGAAUACAUUGAUAUCUUAGAAUACAUUGAUAUCGAAGGAACUAGACUCUGUUCCGAAAUAUCACCAACUCGAACCGACUGGGUCCUCGUAGCUCAGUUGGUAGAGCGUUGGACUAGUAUCCCAAAGGUCGCGGAUUCGAUUCCCACCGUGGUCAGGCAAACCUUUCAGCUUGCCCGGUGGAUGCACACUCAGAGUAACAUCAGUGAUGUUGUGAUGUUACAUCACAAACAUCCUAUUCAUCUGAGUACAUAACACCAACACACACAGAAAUCAUCGCACCCUAAGAUAUUAUCACUUCGUAUUUUAGAGAAGAGAGGCAAUUUUUCAGUGUCCGCAUUGAGCUGUGCUAUUGAUUCUGAGAGUGCAGAGGCAAGGAUACAAGAUAUGUCAUCAAAGGUAACACGCACAGAUUUUAUGUAAACUGCAGCUAAUUUUUGCUAUCGAAACAUUGUCAGGAUGAAAAUAAAUGUAGAUGGGCUUUUGUAGGUGGAAGUUUGAAUUUUAUACAUUAACUUUAGGGAGCGGUCAUUAUUUAUGGCGGGCAGUUGCGCCGAAGAUUUUUGCUGAUCUAACCAUUAAAUGUCCAAAAAAAAAUUUUCCCAACUUCAAAUGUCAAUGAAAAAAUAAAUACCUACCCCUGACCAAAAGCUUUACAAAAGGAUACCAUUCAGUUGUUACACAUGUCGUUUACUACUUCUGUGACAUGAGUUUGAUAACUGCUUGUGUUUUCUGCAGUCUAAAGUUUCAUGUUGCCUGGAUAUGUACUUUCUUUGGAGACACCAUUUGCCUCCUGACAAAUCGGAAAAUGAUCAAGAUAGUGACUCUGGUACAUAUUGUAUUGACAUACGACUGUUGACAUUGCUUUUUAGUCUUCAAUAUCUGAGUGAGUCGUGCUUUGGAAAUGAUUACCCAACCCUUGAGUCGUUUUGUUUUUCAUUCACUCAAAAUUUUCAUUCACUCAACCUUUUACUCACUCAAAAUUUUGUUUACCUCUUUUUGUCUCUUCGGUGCCACCCCCUGCCUAAUUUUUACCAAGAAAAACACUUCUCAUCGGUGCCACCCCGCGCCAUAAAUAAUGACUACUCGCUUAUCUUAAAUAAUCAUUAUUUAGGUGCGAAGUUUGGAGUUAACACUUGCUGAAAAAGACAAGCACGUCUCAGUAAUGGAAUGGCAGAUCAUGGACCUCGAAGCAACAAUAGCGACACUACAGGCCGAGCGAGAUCAACUAGUCCUGGAACUAGAGCUACGACACACCCACGAAAACAUUGUCCAGGGUGACGAGCCCCUGGGUGACAUAGAUGGGGAUGAGGACUUCGAUAGUGGGCUCCCUGACUCUCAUAGAAAACAAAACCCCACAAACUCGAGGCGAAGCCACAGUGAUCUCUGGGGAAAUGGGAACGAGUGUUUAUCUUUGAGACAAAUGUUGAGCCUUUCGGCCGAGUGGUCAGUGAACGACGGCCCGGUGCGCAUGCGUAAACCGCUGCAAAGACAUUUCAGCGACUAUGUCAAGAGGGACGGCCGUGUUCGGAGCACGGACUUCUCGCGACCGAACACGACCCACAGUCUGGAGGAUUUUGACAAUUUAAGCGAAGUCGACAGCGGCUUAGGUCUCUGCAAGCUGACUCGAACCAUGAACUUUUGCGACAUUUUAGAUGCUGACGAAUACAGCAACAUCCAUGUCGCAGAUAACAGAUUAAGCUUCACCACUGAGUCUGUUUUGGUGGAACCUGGCGAAGAGAAUGGCUCCCCUCUGCAACCGUUGUCGAAAAAAUGGGCAACUUUUGAAAACGGUUUAGGAAACUCCCUUGAGGAGGAUAUUCUAGGAAAUGGAGAAAUUAAGGUUUCUCAGAAUUCUGAGGCAUCCCAUGGGGGUAAUGGCGUCUCCCAUCCCCCUGGGGAAAAUGAGUCCCUUGGGAGUUCGACCAGUGAUUUUAGCUCGGCUUUCCAUUCCAGUCAGGAUAUUCUGGUCAGCUCCAUGGAGGAGCCAUGGGUCUCGUCAACUGUCAGUGUUUCUGAAAGUACUCCUGUACGGGAUGAGGAGAAGAAGAAGCUCUCUAAGAAAGCGAUUUCAAAAAGUGAUAGUUGUAUUUUGCCGUCAAGAUCAAAGUCGCCGCCGUCGGAUAAGGAAGAUAUGUGGAAUUUUACACCCGAUAGUAUUGUCAAUGUUUCCACAGGUUAGUAUAUCAACAGCGUAAAUGUUGCUCCAGUACUAAGAGUAUUACUACAGGAGGAAAUCUAGAUUGAACUUUACUAGAUAGCUCUAUCGUUUCUAAACUGUUCUUCCUAGAGGUCCAGUAAGAGCCACCCCUUAUAAGCUCCAGUGUUACUGCAGGAGGAAACCUAAACUAACUUAUGUUUAUUUUAUUUAUCAGUUCUAAACCGUUCUUCCUGGAGGUCCAGUAAAGGUCAUCUCUUAUUGAUCCAGUGUUACUACAGGAGGAAACCUAAACUGAACUAACUUUAUUUCCACUGGGUAGUUCUAUCAGUUCUAAACUGUUCUCCCUAAAGGACCAGGAAGGAUCAUCCCUUAUUGAUCCUGUGUCACUACAGGAAGAAACCUAAACUAACUUUAUUUAUACUGAAUAGCUCACCAAUUCUAAACUGUUCUCCCUAGAGGUCUAGUAAGGAUCAUCUCUUUUAUUGAUCGAUUGUUGCUACAGGAGGAAACAUGAACUGAACUAACUCUAUUUAUACUGGAUAGUUCUAUCUGUUCUAAACAGUUGUCUCUAGAGGUCCAGUAAAAGUCAUCCCUUAAAAACUAUCGAAGCAAAUAAAUACGUCUAUGCCCCCUGCUUACUUCAGAGGCAAUGGGCAGCUGUCUAACCACAUCUGACAUCCUUGCUUCACUUACUGGCUUUAGGAGAAUAUAACUGAUAGAGCUAUCCAGCACAAGGACAUGGAAGCCAUAUGUCUGUCAAAGUGUUCAAAAGAGACUCGUGUGUCAACUAAACUUUUUGUUCCCUAGGUGAAAUUUUAAUCCCUUCAUUAGUGGAGACGCCACCGUCGCCAUCACUUAAAAAAUCACACUCCUUUACAUCAAGUAUUGAGAUCGUGCUAAAGAGCCCACAAUCACCGGUGACAUCCCAAGACUCCAGUGACGGUGAAGAGAGGUCAGUUGUGGACAAUGUUGAACAAACGGUAGAUUCUAUGGAUAACAGCGAGGAUAAUGGAGUAGAGGGGGCAAAAUUGACCCCUGAGGAACCCCAGGCUUCUGAGACUGUUGUAUUACGAAAAAAGUCCGGAAAGAGUCCGACCCCCCGGGAAAAACAUCACGGGAAAUCAAAAUCGGCAUGCGAAGGGUCGCCCUCUGAAGAAAAUACGGAGGGAUUGGACAGUAGGCAUAAGAAAAGUCUGAGUGAUCCAAUCAAAAAAGGGGGCGAGAAACGCGGACGAAGGAAGUUGAUGGAAUAUCAGAAAUGGCAGAAAUAUGGACGCCACGGUAAGCCGCCUGGUGAUCUGAAGAUUUCUGAGUAAGUAUCAAUAUCAUUGUGGUGAUUUGGGAGCUUAAAGUGCACCUAACCUCAUUAUUUUUAUCAUUUUUUCCCUCCCUCCCCUUCCAUAAAUAAUGACCGGUCCCUAAGACGUCCGUCAGCUAUAUUGAAUGCAACAUGCCGCCAAAACAGACAUUUCCCAUUAUAGACCAAUUUUAAAACUUGGCAAGGAAAUGCAAAUUAAUCACCACAGCUAGAAAGAGCAUUCUAAAAUGAGUAAAAUUGCAAAGUUUGGUUGCGAAAUGCGGAAAAUAUAGCCUUACAAAGUUUGCAAAUUUUGUAUACUUUUGUAUUGCGUGCGGAAAUCGCUACCAUUUUCGGCCCAAAUGUGGUAGCAAUUUCGGCACGCAAUAAAACGUUUUCGCAACCAAACUUUGCAAUUUUACUAAUUUUAGUAUGCUUGUUUUCGGGAAUAUACUUUUUUUGCCAAAAUAAAAAAAUAGUCUAUAAUGGCCGGAAUUGUCUAUUAUAUAAUAACUACAGUGAAACACGCAAUUUGAUUGGUCAAUAGCCGUGCAGGAUCAGACAAUCCUGCACGGGAAAUUCUGAACAGAAAUUCUUGCACAUAAUUUUACAAAUAUACUCGCAUUGUAAAGUUUCAUUGUACGAUACUUUUCGACUUUGAAGUAAGUUUCCAAUUAUUGAGACGUUGGUUUAGUUGUAUGAAUAAAUUUCUGAUCGAUACAUUUCUCUAUUCGGCAAGUAGCAACGCGAGUAGCGUUGAAAUUCAUCAGACCAUGGCAUGUAAGUACAACAUCUCUCGCUUCAAAGUUGAUCAAACGCUUCGCAAUCUUCACAUAUUCAGCUCGAGAAUCUUCAAAAUUACUUUGGCUCUCUGUUUAGCGGGUUUUCCAUUUCAAAUUUCGUAUAUCUUAUCGAAAAAGUCCCUGUAUUUUCGCUGUAUAUUUUCGCGAAUUUGCGAUCAAAUUCUGUUCACAUUUGUUGUUGUUUUCAAUAGCGUGGAGUAGCGAUUCUCUGAUUGGUUAAUUCACGAAUGUUGUGAGAACUGCACAUUUCAUCAGUAAUUUUAAUCAUGUUAAGCGUCGUUUCACUGUAGUAAUUUUAUAAAACAAUUACCAAAUGGUUUUCCCGUGCAGGAUAGCAUGAUCCAUGCACUUGGGAUGUUGCUCGACUUUCGGAAAGCGUAAAAAUACACUCGCCUACGGCUCGUGUAUUUUUAAGCUUUCCGAAAGUCUCGCAACAUCCCGCGUGCAUGGAUCACGCAAUCCUGCACGGAAAACCAUUCGGUAUUCCUUUAUUAGUUACACCAAUUUUUGGGUGACGUCCGAAUUGAGAAAAACUGUUCUGCUAAUCGGUAUUCGAAAAGCAGAAAAUGUAUGGUCAAGCAGAAUUUUUUUUAGGGUGAUGCUGGACUUCUCUAGGAGUGGGAGGGGGAUUGGUGCUAGACAUCACUAGGUGGGGAGCCGCACUCCCCUGUACCCCACUUUAGAUAUGCCCCUGAUUAAUUUCACUUUCUUUUUAGCUGUUAACAACAAUGGAAUUACUAUUAAAUGGUAAAAUGUCUGUUAAGGAAGCUAUCUGCUACAAGGCAUUUUGUGGCCGACAGUAUGAAAAUUUAUAGUAAAAGAACCUCGAACAGUUACGUGGUAAAAUUUGUACAUAAUAAAUUCAGUUUUCAGAAGGGAUUUGGACUUCAAACUAUAUAUAGACUAUAUUAGUUCAUUUGUUUUGUUUUGUUUGUAUUAUAGGCUGUAAAUUCAUUUGGAAAUUAUCGUUAAUGGUUGUAUGCUACUGACAGUAAAUGUAUUAUUUUAUAGUUGAAAGGUGUAUAAAUAUAUUAGAGUAUAUACAUAUGAAUCAGAAUGUUCAAAGUUACAAAAUGAUCAUUGUUCGUGACUCGUUCUUUAGAAGGACGAUUUCUAUAG